CAGCAGGUAAUUUGUUCUAUAAAAAAUAGUAUUUUUAAAUACACCAUUUUCCUUCCUACAUGAGCGUGUUUUACACUUAUAUGUAAAGUUAAGGUUGUUUUUUAGUGUAAUAGAUACACUACCAUUACAUAAUUCACAAUAUCUUGGGGAAUUUUGGGACAAUAAACUCUUUAAUAAGGUUUUUAAUGUUUCAUUAUUCAAAAAAUUAUUCAUUUUACAAGGGUUAAAUUUUUUUUUUUGACACACACCAAUGGGUAGAACAGAUUGGUACUCCAGCCAAAAAAUGUAUAACAUAAUAUUUUAAUUUAAAUAGUGUUUCUAGUAAUUUAGCUAAAUUGAAAAUAGAAUAAUUAUUUUUUAAACAAAUAUUUAUAAGAUUGAAGUAUAUUUUGAUGAGAUAUAAAAAUCAAAAUUGUCCUUUUACAGAAAAAGUAUAAAGUAUAGAAACUUAUAGCAGCCCAUGCUAAUCAUGUUUAAUCUAUUAAGCACUGUAUUCUCAGCUGACUCUGUAGAAGUGUCGCUUCACAGUUUAAUUAAUAAGAAAAUACAAAGUCUAGGCGAACAAUUGAUUGAAAGAAGUCAACUUGUUGAGGAUACCUCAAUUAAUCCUCAGGAAUUAAUUGAAAAGUUUAUGAGUUAUGAUAAAAAAGUGUUUUUGAACCCAAAUAGCCUAGAAAAGGAAGAGAUAAUCAUUAAACAAUGUUUCUUAAUUACCGCAAUAGAAGAUACGCUAAAUAUGCUUAAAAAGGAACAAUAUGCUGAGUUAGAGAAUUUUAUUUAUUAUUUAGAUAGCAAACUUUCAGAUCCAGAUACUUUUGUUCAUAAUAAACCAUGGAUUUUAAAUGAAAACCAUUUACAAAGAAAAGAUGAUAGUAUUGAUUCUAAAAAAAAAACUAGAAAACUAAAAGAAACUAUGCAAAAUAAGUCUAAAUUGAGAUCAGAAAAUGACUCGAUGUUUGAUGAAUCUUCUAAAUCAAUUCAUGUCAAAAAUUUAAGGUUAGGUAAGAUUGUUAUUCGGAACUUCCAUUGUAAUUCCAUAUUCAACGAAGAACCUAAAAAUUCUAUAGGAAAGGAGAUUUUAAGUUCAUUGGAGGUUGAUAUAAAUCCCUCUUCCGAAGAUGAAUAUUCAUCUAAUACAGUUGAUUCUACAGAGCUAUCUUCAGAUGAUAAAGAUAUAUCAAGAACUUCUAAGCAAACAGACCAAGAUAGUAGCUCUAGUGAUGAUGAUUACCAAAAGGAAGAUCUAGAAGAAGGAAUUAACAAUAGUGAAGAAACCAAACCAUUGCUAGAGGACUUUAAUAGGGAGUUCAAAGAAAACGGUGAAGUAGUUACGAAGUAUUACACUAAUAAUAAGUAUGAAACACUAAAAGAAGAUGAAGCUUGUAAUAGUACUAAGCGAAAUGAUGAAAAACAGCCAGAAACCGAAGUUAUAAAGUCUGGUUUGAAUAAAGAAAAUGAACGAAUAAUUUCAGAGUCGCAUGAAAUUAAUAGUAAUUGAUUUAAUCUUCUAAUUAAUUAAAAUUAUUAAUGG